GACUGGACCGCAGUGGCGGAGGCGCAGCGGAGAAUCACAGCAGCCACUGCGCUCAUGGCAUCGAGGAGAAUGGAGACCAAACCAGUGAUAACCUGCCUCAAAACUCUCCUUAUCGUCUAUUCUUUCGUCUUCUGGAUCACAGGGGCGAUCCUAUUGGCAGUGGGAUUAUGGGGGAAGUUCAUUCUGGGUCCGUAUAUCUCACUGAUAGCUGAAAACUCAACCAACGCUCCAUACGUGCUUAUCGGAACUGGAACCACCAUCAUCGUUUUCGGGCUGUUCGGAUGUUUCGCCACCUGCCGUGGAAGUCCAUGGAUGCUCAAGCUGUAUGCAAUGUUCCUGUCUCUGGUCUUCCUGGCAGAGCUGGUCGCUGGCAUCUCGGGUUUUGUUUUUCGUCACGAGAUCAAAGGCACCUUCUUGAGAACGUACAAUGAAGCCGUUCAAAACUAUGACGCCAAGGAUGAGAAAAGCAUUGCGGUGGACAACGUCCAGAAGAGUUUGCGUUGUUGUGGGGUUUUGAACUACACCAGCUGGUUUUCCAGUGUUUAUUUCCCUACCAAUGGAAUUCCACCCAGCUGCUGUGCUAACAAAUCCGACUGUAACCCCGGAGACCUGCGGAACGCCACCAUAGCGCCCAGCAAAGUCUAUCAGCAGGGAUGCUACGAGCUGGUGACGACCUUUAUCGAAACGAACAUGGGCAUUAUUGCCGGAGUAACGUUUGGAAUCGCGUUUUCCCAGCUGAUCGGGAUGCUGCUGGCCUGCUGUCUGUCACGAUUCAUCACUGCCAAUCAGUAUGAGAUGGUGUAGCGGUGUGAGCACAGGAUAAGAAGCAGCACGGCCCUUGGAAAGGGAAAGCAUCCCCAAAGCACACUCCAUUUUUGUCAUUUCUGUCUCUUUUGAUGAAUAUUUUUUCUCAAUCUGUCUAUUCUGGCCUCCUUUUUCUCAUUUUUCGGGUAGUGCAUCAUUCCUCAGUCGUGCAGUUGUGCCAUGACCGAAGCCUCUCCUUUCCUAACUGUAGGCGAGGAAUAGCAAACGGUUUUGGGACGCACUACUGCAUACUCCGUACGAAACCUUGCAUGCAGAAACCAUCUCAUGCCACAGACUAAAACUAAAAUCAAGAGCAUCUCUAUAUAGCCAUGUCCUAACCAAACGCAAAAUCUUACUGGCCUAUUUCGACAUAGCUGUAUAAUAAACAUCAAAUAUGUACUGUAUAGAAUUUUCCAGUUUUAGCAAAGACAAAAAAGUGGCACUUGGUUUUUCGAGAUAAUCAAAAUAAUCUAGUUUUCGUUUAAACCCGAGCGUGAGUUCUUGUACUUCGUAAGCCCCGGCCACGGUGAAAUCCCAUUGGUCCAAAAUCCUGCCUGUCAUUGCUGUAAAUUGCACAUCAGACGUUCUUACUGGAUGUUAUUUUUUUGUCGCAGCAUUUUCGCAUAGUGUGAACAGAAAAUGGCGUAUCGCAUAAAUCUUAUCGCCUGGUUAGGCCAACCACAGUGACUUGAGAAAAUAUACAAAAAAUAACAAGUUUUGUUGUUGUUGUUGUUGCUGUUGUAAAAUCUUCUGCGAAAGGGGUAUAUCUCAGAAAUGUUUCGUUUUCUCUGCAUCUCGACAUCUGGAAAGCGUUGCUUAAUGUGACUAUGUAAUCGCAUACAAAUAGUCUUCGGUUGUGUGUUUGCGAAAGCCAAAAACAAGCAAUUUUCUGCCACAUAUUGUAUUACGGUGACUGUACAGAACUCAUAUGUUUAGACUGAAGUGUUAAUCAUAAAACUUAGUGGUACUUGUAGUAAGACCUUUGCAUACGGUUUAUAUUACUACUAACUAUUUAAACGAUUGUAUUUCUCAGCCUUAUUUGGGUUGUACAGUAGUUUUACAUUGUAUCUGUCUUUAUUGUGUAUUUUAUAUUAUAGAUAUUACUAUAAGAAUUUAAGGAUACUGGGUUUAUCUUUUAACAUUAAGGAUAUUUAUACUGUAUAUCUAGGUACAUGCAUUAUUUUAGUUAUUUUAAGCAAAAGCAUGAGAAGUAGUAAGACAAUGAGAAUUUUAGUAUCAUAUGUUUCCGAAUUAAAUCAUUGCGUCAAAGUCGUUAGACAGACGGUGGUCCUAAAAUAAUUAACUUUUAGUUGUUAAAACUUUCUAUCACAGAACUUUGUAAAAAUGUAUUUUCCACAUAAAUAUGUGACCCUUGACCACAAAACAAGUCACAUAUGUAUAGCAAUAGCCAACAAUACAUUGUAUGGGUCAAAAUUAUUUUUUUUUUAAAUUCCAAAAAAAUCAUAGGAUAUUAAGUAAAGAUGAUGAAUUAAGAUAUUUGUUAAAUUUUCUACCAUAAAUAUAUCAAAAAUGUAUUUAUCAUUAGUAAUACGUGUUUAAAAACUUUAUGACAACUUUUAUUUUCAAAUAUACUAGUCAACAUUUGAGGUGGAUCAAAAAAGUUUAUCAAUGUUGUCCUAUAAGAAUGGGUACACAUUUUGGUCUUCAAACUACCAAAUAUCGACCAAAUAUUGUCCUAUCCUAACAAAUACAUGUCAAUGCACUGCAAAAAAAAAUAUUUUCAAGGAAAAAAAACAUUCUUAGUAUUUUUUUCUUGUAAAAAUAUCAAAAAAUUUCUUAAAUUAAGAUGCUUGAGCAAAACAACCCAAGAAAAUAAGUCUAGUUUUUAGACCAAAAAUAUCGAAUUAAAGUGAUUUUGUGCAUAAAACAAGCAAAACAAGCAAAAAAAAUCUGCCAAUGGGGUAAGCAUUUUUUUCUUGAAUUUUUCUUGAAUUUAGUGUUUAAGAAAAAUAUCAAGAUUUUUUUGCUUACCCCAUUGGCAGAUUUUUUGCUUGUUUUAUGCACAAAAUCACUUAAAUUUAAUAUUUUUGGUCUAAAAAAUUGACUUAUUUUCUUGGGUCACUUUGCUCAUCAAGAAAAAGCAUCUUAAUUUAUAAAUUUUUAGGUAUUUCUAUGAAAACAAGAAAUUGUUAAGAAAUUUAUUCUUGAAAAUAAUUUUUUGCAGUGUGGAAAGCUUAUCUGCUUUCAGAUGAUGUAUAAAUCUCAGUUUCAAAAAAUUGACCCUUAUGAGUGGUUUUGGGGUCCAGGGUCACAUAUAAUAACUGCAUGACAAAUAGGAAAACUCCCAAGUAAAAAGUGGGGCACUGGGCGAGAUCAAAUAGAGAUUUUUGCACAUUACUUUAUUAAUUCACAGUUGACUGCAAUACUUUUUUGACAUUAAUUUUGCAAGCAUGAGCCAAGCUUCAGUGACCUCUUUCUUUUAUUUAUUGUUUAUUUACUUACUUUACCAUAUGUGGUAGAAAUCGCUGCGAUUUUUGGCUUUCUAUUUAAGUUAUUUUAUUUUAAGUGUUCUGUGAAGUACUGUCUACAAAUUCUGACGAUUCCAUAUAUUGACAUGUUUCAGUGUGCAUUUUUACAUAUGUGUUAUUUUGUAUGGGUUUCUUGCGUAUUAAUUUUAUUAUCAUGUAGAGUUGUUAUAUUAAUAUUUUAAACUAUCAUUUCUGCAGCUGCCCCAUGUGUUGAUAGAUCACCAAGUAUUAGAUUCAAGAAAUCAUAGUCUGAACACGUGAUACACAUCUCAAGAUAGACGAGCAGAGUAAUAAUGUACUUUGUAUAAUAAAAUAAACCUUUUUAAAAUGCAUCACCAGCUAGCAUGCCAACAAAAAAAAUGUACGUUGAUAUUGUAAACAGCUGUGUUCUCUAUGAAUAAAAUGGUUAUUCGUG